AUGCUGUUCCAGGUUACAACUUCUGUCUCCUGGCAGUCUGUGCUAUUAUACGCGUUUAGUCUUCUCACCUUCUGCGUUGUCGUGGUGCGGCCAGUUUACAAUGUCUUUUUCCACCCACUGCGCAAGUACCCCGGACCAAAGCUCUGGGCGGCCUCAUCACUACCAUGGGGAUUCUCCUUCAUGGCCGGAAGGAUGCAUGAGAGCCUGAUGGACCUCCACAACAGAUACGGCACAGUAGUCCGCGUGGCCCCCGACGAGCUGUCUUUCUCUUCCCCGGAUGCGUGGGAGGAGGUCUACGGCCGCUACAAGGCCGGGAAGCGGAAAGAGAACAUGAAGCCGGGCUGGUACGCCAGCAGGGACAGCAAUGACAUUCUCGGGGCAGAGCUCGGCGACCACGGGAGAAUCCGGAAGAUCCUGAAUUUCGGCUUCACCGCCAGCGCGAUGCUCGACCAGGAGCCUGCCAUCGUGGGAUUUGUUGACUUGCUUUUCGAACGCCUCAGGGCCAGGGCGGGGGAUACUUCCGUUGAUGUGUGGAGAUGGUAUCUCUAUACUUUGUUCGAUAUAACGGGAAACCUCGCUUACGGGGAGCCUUUUGGAUGUUUAGAGCAGUCCAUGAUGCACCCGUGGGUUGACUUCGUUAUCAGCAACAUUAAGCUCACCUACAUCCUACUUCUUUGCAUGCGGAUCCCCUUCUUUCUCUUCUAUUCACCGGUAAUAGCCACCGUGAAGAUGGUGAAAGAAUACAUAGGCUCGAAGAAGACCCUCCGGGAAAAAGUAGAUAGAAGGCUAGCUCUCGAGAAUCCGAGACCAGACUUGGUGCAGACAAUGCUGGCAGAAAGACAGGGCUUGUCCAUGUCCCGCGAGGAACUUUACAGUAACGCUCUCACCUUGACUUUGGCUGGUGCAGAGACCACAGCAAGCGCUUUGUCGGCCGUGACGUACAUGCUGGGUAUACACCCGGACGUGAAAGCCAAGGCCGACCAGGAACUGCGAGAUGCCUUCUCCAGGGAGUCAGAGAUCGACAUGCAGAGCUCGAUGAAACUUCGGUACCUGGGCGCUGUUAUAGAUGAGGCAUUUCGGUACCAUCCACCCGGGCCAAACGCCUUGUGGCGCCAAACGCCCCCUGAAGGAAACUGGGUAUUGGGGGAUUGGAUCCCGGGCAAGACCAUCGUGGGCAUCCCGAGCCGGGUCAUAUAUCGCAGCGAGUGCAACUUCAAGCGUGCCGACGAGUUCAUCCCGGAGCGAUGGUUGAGCGAUGGGAAGGGCUCAGAAUUUGCGAAUGAUCGCAGAGAUGCCUUUCAGCCGUUCUCUUACGGUCCAAGGAACUGUUUAGGCAUGAAGUGA